AUGCCGCUGUCGCUGUCGCGAUCGAUCGGGGACGCGAGCGACGCGGCGGUGCGAGUGCUCGUGCGACGAGUGUCGAGACGCGCGGAGGCGUCGGCGGCGGACGAAGACGACGAGGACGACGCGAGCGCGGACGACGCGAACGAGGACGAGAGCGAAGAGGAUGGUUUAGCGAUCGCGGCGAUGCGCGAGGCGAGGUUGCUCGCCGGAGAGCGAGGGAAGAGCGAGGUGGGGACGUCGACGGCGGACGACGCGCGAGACGAGGCGAGACGAGCGCUUCGCGCGCUGCGAGCUCGAACGGAAAAGAAUAGGACGGUGGGGACGGCGGCGAGCGCGGGUGGGGUGGUAGAUUUAGUGAAUGUGGAGAGAGUGACGAACGCUAUGAUGGAUACCGUCGACGCGGGGAGGGCGAUGUGUUGCGCGCUGGGUCCCGGAGAACGCGUCGCCGUGGGAACGGAGGGCGGUUUUAUUUUUCUCGAACGCGGCGUGAACGAUGAGCGGACGGUUUCGUGCCUGAAAUCGGCGAAUACUUUUGCUGGAAUUUCAGCCACGCCCGGGGUGACGAGUUUGUGCUUCGAUGAAAGGGGUGAGUGGCUCUUGGUGGGACACGACGACGGCGGUCUCACGCUGUGGGAUAUCAAGCGCACGCCGACGAUUUUGAAAACAAUCGUCGGCGCGCAUCGAACGCCCGUGAUAGCGCUCGUAAUGCUUUCAAAAGUGGAGUCAAACGGUGUUGUUGACGUGAUAUCGUCCGAGGAGGGUGGCCUCGUCAUUCAUCACACGCUUUCGCCUCUCGGAAUGGGUGUCGUUCGAGUCAAAUCGGCGUCGCUCGGCGAGCGGACGUUCGUGAUAGCGGCGCACGCGCUGCCUCGAGUCGGCUCGGUGAGUGUAUCAGAUAUUAACGCCCAUGAUAAUGGUAUCAUCAGUCCUACGUACGGUGAAACGCUGAGCGCAGCGAAGAAUAUUGCAGACGCCGCAGGCGUUGCGGCGUUGUGCACGAUGAACGCCGUGCUCAUCAUGCGACUCAAUCCACGAGCUGAGGUCAUCGCAAAGAUCGUUCGGCCGCCAAACAUCGCGGCUACCGUGCUACCUGUGAUGUGUUGGAGCCCGAGGUGGGCGGAUGAAGUCACUACGCAUGACAACGUAGAAGAAUGCAAUCUUGUCGUGGUAUGGGGCGCGAGCGUGUACGUGCUCUCCGUCGACGUUGAAUCGAUCAAGCGAUCGCCUGGAGAAAAUGAACGAACUAAACGCGCCGCAAAUACAUCGCGUAUCCUGAAUUCGUGGAGCAUCGAUCCAGAAGGCGUCGUUGCGAGUGCGAUGGCGACGGCUUGGCUGUCGCAAGACUUGAUUUGUGUCCUUAGUAGCCGAAACAAGCUAUUUGUUUACACGUCUCAUGGGCAGCUCAUAGAACGUGUUGCGACGAGCGAGCCUCCGAUUGCUCGUGAAAUUGUACAAGCCACCGCGAGCCAUGACGCUGUUUUCGAGCGUUUGCCAUAUUGGCAUGGAUCUGUCGCCGUGCGCGGCGUUCAUUUCGCUAUGCUAUCACCUUCGAGAUUACGACGCGGCAAAUUUUUCGGUUGGUUCGAGCGAAUGCAAGCAAAGAAGGCGGAAGGCAACUGGGUUGGUACUUUGAACACGCUUAUUGAAGUCGCAUCGGAUGAGCUGCCGUUGUGGCCGAGCUUGUCGAAAAAGUAUGCAGAUCCGGAGACUACCCGGGAAAGGGCGGUGCAAGCGUUUGUCGACGUAGUCCCACAGUUCCUUGAUGAAUCUUUGAACAAACGUGGUAUCGACUCUGACGAUGCUGCGUAUUUCGAACUAAUAACAAGUGUCGUUUUCGGUCUGUUGCUUGCGUUUAACGCACUGAAUCAAGUGUAUGCGCCGGUGGUAUUCGGUGCCUUCCUAAACUCAAAAUGCAAAGCGGCGUUUUUGAAAGGCAUGGUGCCCCAUAUCUUAUCGGACAAGUUGCGUUCGUUACCUGCAGAAGUGAUGCAAGCGCUCGUGGAGCACUAUGCUGCGCUUGAUGCGGCAAAUGUGAUUGAACAGUGCGUUCUGCAUAUGGAUGUAGAAUCGCUUGAUUUGAAUCAAGUCGCUCGACUCUGCAAACAUCAUGGCAUGUACAGCGCGCUCGCGCACGUGUUCACGAGAGCUUUAAAUGAUUUCAUCACACCGGUCGAAGCCAUGUUUCAAGCCUCGCUGGAGCCCAAGUUUGGUGAUAAAGCUCGCGUUCGACAGGUCUUGCUGUUUAUUUUCAAGACUAUUCAAGGCGAACAGUUUCCAACAAACGGUUGUAGAUUGUCGAGCGAAAUCGUUAGUCAGUUUCGAAUGGAGGUGAUGAAAUUUCUGUUUGAGCCAGUCGAUCUUAAUGUGUUUACAAUGAGCACGCAUGAUUCCGAGUCAAGUUUGAGUACCACGUGGAACGCAGCGAUGGCGCUCGCCGUACGAGAAGACGAUUCAUCAUGUCCACCAUUGCGUCUUUUGUAUCUUCUUCUUGCCGAACCCAAAGCCUCGACUGUUGUGCUGACGGAAAUUUUGAAAGACUGGGACGCAAGUGAGAGCGAAAUACUCGCCAUAGAUGGCCUUCCAACCGAUCGCAUGGGAUCUCAGGUUAUUGUUGAAGCCGUGGUUUUCGCCGCCGGUGCGUGUGGUCCCGUAAAUUCAGCUCCAACUCGUUCAAGACUUCUCACGUUUGCCGCAAGCAUCGUCGGUACCGGCCGCGCCACAGUGACGCAGCAAGUUGAACGGGAGCUCUUGGAAACUUUGGCGCUCGCGAAGACGAAACAUGACGUCAUAGAAAGAGAGAAGGCGAUGGUAUCCAUCAUCGGACGGCGCAUAGACGAAGAUAUUACGUUGAAUGACGAGUGUCAAAUCCUCAAUCUCGCGCGAGAAGCACAUUUUGCUCAAGCCGAAGCCGUGAUAUACAUCGCAUCUGGUGAUCAUAUCAACGCUUUGAAGGCGCUCGCCGGUGAUGAGCACCGGAGAAACGCUGCUGUACAUUAUGUAGACGUGUGCCUUGGUAAAUCAGGUCCAGGCAUCGUGCAUGCAGAGCAAAUGAACGCUGGACCAGCGGUGGCACGAGCGCAUCCACUCGACACCGAGAGCGCCAAGGUCUUUCAAAACGAGCUCCUUGCGAUCAUGCCCGUCGUCGCCGCUAAAUCCGCUGAUGUAUGCGCUCGUAUUGCAAUCGCGUACUUCCCACACGCACAAGCUGAAGUUCUGAACGCACUAUCAUCGGAGCCUGUCUUGCAGUUUCAAUACCUGCGACAAGUUCUCGAAGCCGUGCACGAAGUUAAAGACGGCGUCGGCAGCCCUCACGACAUGAGUCUCGUGGACUUGGUGUCGGCGACAAAAUCCGUCGUAACGACGGAAAUGGCUGAGUUGUACUUUCGACUCAUGUGUCAAUUCGAACCACAAGAUGUGUUGAAGUACUUAAAAAGUGAAGACGUGAAGAGUUUAGACGAAGCUCGGUGCCUUGAAUACUGCCGAGAGUUCAACGUCAUGGAUGCUACGGCCUACUUGCUCGAGGCUGCGGGUAACUACAACGAAGCGCUCAGUAUUCAUCUAUGCAACUACUCCACUGGUAUUCGCGCGAUGGCGCAGCUCUUCACGACGAGUGGGGCAGAGUGGACAAAGACUGCGCCCGCGGAGAGUUUGAUGAAGGGAUUCGUCAUCGAGACAAACGAAGCUUUACAUGUAGCCGUCGGGAUGUGUAGACGCGUCUCGAGCGAAGUAUCAAAUAGUGAAGAAAUGUGGUGGUCUUGCCUCGAUAGUGUGUUCCGUUCGUUGUUAGAGCUCACGGAUGGCGCUUACAAGAGAGUGCGCGAUGUUCUUGACGAACACUUGGAAGAUGUUUUACGAGUGAUGCUCGGACGUGUAGAUAACGCGCAUCUUUUGGAGAUGAUUAUCAGCCGCUACGGCGGUAGAGAUAUCUCCGAACUUAGAAAAUUACUCACACGCGUUUUCGGAAAUUGCGCACUCGAGAGAGAGUUCUUAAAAUCAGAGGGAUCUAGCGUUAAGCAAGAGGCAGAUAAAAAAGUUCUCGAGGAUUUCCAAAUUCGUCGCCGCGCUCAACGAGGGACGCGGCGCACGGUUCGAUAG